AUGCCUGCACGUCUUCCGUCCGACUGCAGUACUGAACGACAGGUCUCGAAGGAUCGAUAUCGAGUGCACACGAAUAAUAAUCUCAAGACUGUUGAGCCAAAGUUAAAACACAGGAGUGCAGGACGAACACCUAACGGAUCGACCGACAUUAAGCCACUACAACUAGAGAUGAACGAAAUGGUUGCUGCAAAUCGGAGUUCUGCAGCAGAUUUUUCGGCUGGUCACAAGAAUGCAAACGGUUCUGAAAUGUCAUCUGCAGUAAAUAAUCAAAACGACAAAAUACUCUCGGCAGACGACGACAAUUUAUUGCCGAACCAAACUGUUAUGGCCAAUGAGGUGAUCGGAAAUAUGGAUGAAGAUACACCAAAAGCAUUUAACUUAUACAGAAAUAAAAAGUUAUUGUCUCAUGGUAUGAUGGACGUGGCACUGUUUUCUGCAAAUGCAAAUCAACUAAGAUAUGUAUUAGAAAAUAGCGAUGGUAGCGCCCUUUAUGUCAUUUGCGUUGUGCUUUUGUUGUGUAGCAUAUUUUUACAGAUUUUAGUUGGCGUAGCGCUUUUACUGAGUGCUCGGUACAAUGUGACCAAUUGUGACCAACGAAAGAUGGCAUUUAAAUUGGGAAACUAUGUCAUUGUUGGUAUAUUCCUCAUAACGGUGGUCAACAUUUUCAUAACGUCAUUUGGAGGUCCAACAGUAAAUUCACCUGCAAUAGUGUUGUCCACUUCUGUGACUGAGCCACCAAAUUUAUCAUUAUAG